AUGGCUGCGUUCUGGAGACCCGGUACGACGGUUCCAGGUGCUGAUGUGGAAGCGGAAGCAGCUCGAUACCUUUCCAAGGACACUGAAGUACCACUUGUGCAGUUUAAUCCUCUCCACAAGCUUUCCCUGCGUGACCAGCGAGCUCGUCUGCCAGUGUCCCGACACCGUGAGGAACUGCUCUAUGCGGUCGAGACGCACGCUACAACGAUCCUUGUGGGAGCCACCGGAUCAGGAAAGACGACACAAGUGCCACAAUAUCUAAUGGAAGCAGGAUGGGCGACGUCUAGGCCAAGAAGAGCUCAAGCGAGUGGAAAUACGCCUCGGAAUCGGGUUAUUGUAUGCACACAACCUCGACGUGUCGCUGCUGUGACGAUUGCAGAGCGUGUGGCACAGGAAAUGGGCUGUCAAUUGGGAAAAGAGGUUGGUUAUGCUGUCAGAUUUGAAGAUAAGUGGGACCCGGAGCAUACGAAGAUCAAGUUUGUGACGGACGGAUUGUUACUGAGAGAGACCAUGCGAGAUCCGCUGCUCUCACGUUACUCAGUUAUAAUGCUGGAUGAAGCUCACGAACGAAAUUUGGAGACGGAUUUACUGCUGGGAUUGAUCAAGAAGAUACAACGGAAGCGUCCAGAUUUGAGGGUCAUUAUUGCAUCGGCUACCUUGCAAGUAGAUACGUUUAUGCAGUUUUUUCGUUCAAGAAAGAAAGAGAAGAUGCAGGAUCAGAGAUUGACGACGGGAACAACGACAUCACCUGAACUGAAAGAUGUUGUCGCAAUAUCGGUGGAAGGACGGCAAUUCCCUGUUGAUAUUGAGUAUCUUCAGGAACCGUGUGGAGAUUAUCUGCAGAAAGCAAUUGACACGGUGUUGGCUAUUGACGAGCACGAAGGUGAAGGUGAUGUGUUAGUGUUUUUGCCUGGUCAGGAGGAAAUCGAUUUUGUUGUUAGAGCGCUUAAUGACCAAGCGCCAGCGCAUAUUGUCCCAGUACCUCUGUACGGGACGCUGCCUUUGCACAUGCAACGAAACGCUUUUUUACCGGCACCGCGAGGCAUACGGCGAAAAGUGAUUGUGGCAACCACUAUCGCAGAAACUUCCGUGACCAUCGAAGGUGUGGUAUUUGUGGUGGAUGGAUGUUUUACCAAGCUAGCAUUUUUUAACCCUCUCACGGGAGUGGAGGCAUUGCUUACGGCACCCGUAUCAAAGGCCUCAGCAAAGCAGAGAGCAGGUCGCGCAGGACGCUCACGUCCAGGAAAGUGCUUUCGUCUAUGCACACAAGAGUAUUUUUACACCAAACUCGCAAAAGAGACGAUUCCGCAGAUGCAACGCACAAAUUUGGCAACCGUGGCGUUGUAUCUGCUGAGCAUGGGUAUUCAAGAUCUGGCACAUUUUGAUUUUGUAUCCCCUCCGUCGCCAGAGGCCUUAAUUCGUGCUCUGGAGUUACUGUUCUCCCUCGGUGCUAUUGACACUGAAUGCCGUCUCACCGACCCAUUAGGCACGCAGAUGGCUGAGUUUCCAGUGGCACCGGCAUUGGCAAAGGUGUUACUAUCGUCAUUCCGAUUUGACUGCACGCGCGAGAUGCUUCAUAUCGCUAGUGUGCUAUCUGUGGGGGAUGUUUUUCUGGCUUCACGCGGUUCCAAAGUGAAACAAGAAAAAGUUGCAGAGGCCAUGGAGCAUUUCGUGCACUCGGACGGGGACCAUAUGACAUACCUGUCCAUUUACGAUGAGUUUGUGGAAAAUAACAGGAGCCACUCGUGGUGUGAUGAGUACAUGCUCAACUAUCGCGCACUUAUCCGUGCUACAGAAGUUUGUCGGCACCUAAAACGAUACAUGGCGCGCUUUAACUCGCUAAAGAAUAUCAGUGUGGCGGAGCGCGUAGCUGACGACGUAAUAAAGCUCGGCAGAAGCGGUGACGAAACGGAGGGUAAGGCUCGUAGUGAUACUAUUCGCAAGUGCAUAGUCAGCGGCUACUUUCAGAAUGCCGCUAAGCUACAUGCUGACGGUAUCUACCGUACUCUGCGCGACCAGCGGCCUGUACAGUUGCAUCCAACUUCUGUAUACUAUCACAUGGGAACUCUUCCUGACUGGAUCAUUUUCCACCAGAGUGUGCUGACCACAGAGGAAUUCGUUCGUGAUGUAUCCAGGAUUGACCCGCGUUGGCUCGUCGAUCUAGCGCCAGAUUUCUACCGCACGAAGGAGGUCAGCAGUGCCAUAUCAGGGAGCUCUGGCUCGCUAGGUCUACCUUCCGCCAAGUCGGUGGUGAGAAAGAUCAAGAAGCAGAAGACGAUAGUAUCCGAGGUUGAUACUCCCCCACGACAUUCAGCUACUGGCAAUGAUGGCCGUAUUCUAUUUCGAAAACCGAAGCGUCCUUCUGGUCAGGAAACGAAAUCGAAAUUGCCCGUGCAUAUCGGCAAGAGUAAAGGUGGCUUACGCUCUCAAUUCUAA